UUCGACCUCAACUGCUUGCUCCUCCUGGGGAUCGACCCGGGGUGCCUCUCCGCGAGCUUUCCACGUGUCCCGUGCGCCGAGGCGUUUGACGUGAUCGAGGAGGCCGUUUUCUACCGCCACUGCGUGCCGCGGUGGGUUUGGAAGGCGAUGCGACGGCUUCGGGUCGGGUGGGAAGGCAGGACGAUCGAAGCGGAGGGAUGCCUUAAUGGGUUUCUGGAUGAGAAGAUCAGAGCGAAGGUGGCGGAGAAACAGGCUGCGGAUGGGAAGGAGAGUCGUGACGAUGAUGAUUAUGACUUGUUGAUGAAAGUUAUAGUGGAGACGGAGCGAUUGUUGGGUAAGGGAGAGAAGUUUGUGAGGGAGACGGUGGUUGGUUUGAUGGUGGCGGGGAGAGACACCAUUGCUGUUGCUCUGAGUUGGUUCUUUUGGCUCGUGGCGAAGAACCCGGGGGUGGAGGAGAGGAUACUGGAAGAACUUGAUCGAGUCGUCAUCACACGUGAGAAACAAGGAAUCGUUUCGAGCGUAGAAGACUUGAACAAAAUGGUGUACCUGCACGGGGCUAUAAGCGAGACUCUAAGGCUUUACCCGCCAGUGCCAUUUGAACUGAAGCAACCCUUGGAACCCGACAUGCUUCCCAGCGACCACUUCGUGGGUAAGAACACUAGGAUCUUUGUGUCCAUUUACUCCAUAGGAAGGAUGAAAGAAGUAUGGGGUGAGGACUGGAUGGAGUUCAAACCCGAGAGGUGGGUUGCAGACAGAUCUGAAGGGUUGAAGAAUGAUGAUGGUGUUGAGUUUGCGACAUUCAUAACAGGGCCAAGGUCUUGCUCCGGGAAGAAAAUAGCGUACACACAAAUGAAAAGCAUAGCCAGUUGUCUUCUGCACAGGUAUAAGAUCGACGUGGUCGAUGAUCAUCCGGUCGUCCCACGGCUUUCUAUGAUGAUGUUCAUGAGAUAUGGUUUGAAGGUCAGGGUUUCAUGCAAGACACCAGAGAGCAGUACUACUGGCCCUCUUUAUGUGUAG